GGUCUCAAAACUCACACUAUAUGGCAUACAAUGCAUAUAUGUUGAAGAGGGCUAGACAGCAAGUUACCUCCCCCAGCUGCUGGACAGUUUAAAUCCGCUUCGUCUUAGUUGAGCUCUCUCUUGCGUUUUCGCCGCCGCCUUCUGAUUGGCAUUCACUCCAACGUCUUUCCAUCGAACUCUUGUUCCUCGACAAUCCUCUGCCCUCAUCAAAGUUUUCACGAUGCGCUUUACCCUCCCCUGCCUCGUUCUAGGUUUUGCAUCUGCCGCGUACGCCGCGCCAUUGACCAACCUCGCAGCUCGUUCGGCACCGCUGAGCUUUGUCAAUGUCACAUUCCUCCACGAGUUCAGCGGACCGAUGUUCGAUCCCCCACGAUUCAGAAUCGAGCCGGAAAAGGCACAAAAACUGGCGGAAAGAGCUCUUCAGGGAGUCCAUCGUACUCAUUCAUGGCUCCAUCCCAUGCAGAUUAGAUUCUUGAAUGAGUUUAUAGAUGUGCCUGGUUCAGAAGAAGUGGACAUGUCCUUUCACGGGGAAUUUGAACCGUGCCACUCAGCACCGUGUCCUGCAACUGUCCCUUGGGAUGAGCAUGCGGACGACGAGUAGUGUUUAGGUCUUGAACAGUGUUAGAUGUCCAGGAGCUGUAGGAAUGUAUAUUGCAACGAAGUUACUGGGUUAAUAGAUUCUUUCCCUCUGAAUCCCUCGUUUGAGCCUCUUGAGAAGAACAAUACCAUGCACUGAUAUGUAUAUGUUCAAAC